AUGUUGAGAAGAGUCAGACCAUUUUCGAAAUUUGUUAGAUACAAUUCAACAACAUAUUUCCCUUCGGAACCACAGGCUCCCAUUGUUCAAACUGAAUCCAUACCAGGUCCUAAAUCCAUUGCAAUCAACAAUGAAUUAGGAAAAGUUUUCGAUAACGGAGCUACGUACUUUGUUGCUGAUUAUUUCAAGUCACUUGGAAAUUAUAUUAGCGAUGCAGAUGGAAACAAGUUGUUGGAUGUUUAUUGUCAAAUUUCAUCAAUUGCAUUGGGGUACAAUAACCCCAAAUUGAUUGAAGCUGCCAAGUCCGAUGAAAUGACUACUGCUAUUGUUAAUCGUCCAGCAUUGGCAUGUUUCCCCUCGACUGAUUAUAAAGAUAUUCUUCAAGAAGGGUUAUUGGCUGCAGCUCCACCAGGAAUGGACAAGAUUUGGACCUCAUUGAGUGGAUCAGAUGCAAACGAAACCGCAUACAAGGCGGCGUUCAUGUACCAACAUGCCAAGUUGAGGAAAAAAGAUGGGUUUACUCAAGAAGAGUUGACCAGUGUUAUGAAUAAUGAAACGCCAGGUGCUUCAGAUAUGGUGAUUUUGUCAUUUGAUAAAGGAUUCCAUGGAAGAUUAUUUGGCUCAUUAUCAACCACUAGAUCAAAAGCUAUCCACAAGUUGGAUAUUCCUGCAUUCCCAUGGCCCAAGGCACCUUUCCCUACCUUGAAGUAUCCAUUAGAAGAGUUUGAAGCUGAGAAUAGAGACGAGGAAGAACGUUGCUUGUAUCAAUUUGAAUCAAUUAUUGAAAAUUCACCCAAGCAAAUUGCUGCCAUUAUUGUUGAGCCCGUUCAAUCUGAAGGUGGCGACAACCAUGCUACUCCAUUCUUUUUCCAAGGUCUUAGAGAUUUGACUCAGAGACAUGGCAUUUUGAUGAUUGUUGACGAGGUCCAAACUGGUGUUGGUGCGACUGGUAGGUUUUGGGCUCAUGAACAUUGGAAUUUGUCUAGUCCACCCGAUAUGGUUACUUUUUCCAAGAAAUUCCAAGCUGCUGGAUUUUAUUUUAGUAAUCCUGAAUUACAACCAAAUCAACCUUACAGACAAUUUAAUACUUGGUGUGGAGAUCCAUCCAAAGCUAUAUUGGCUAAAGCAAUCUACAAAGAGAUUGCCCAAUCAAAUUUGGUUGCCAGUACGGCACAAGUUGGUGAUUAUUUGUACAAGGGUUUACAGACGAUUGUUGCCAAAACUGACAAGUUUUCCAAUUUGAGAGGACAGAAUUUCGGCACUUUUAUUGCUUGGGAUUGUGUUGAUGCAGACUUUAGAAAUAAGGUGUUGCUUGGAUGUAGAGCUCAUGGGGUGAACAUGGGUGGAUGUGGUGAUGUUUCCAUCAGAUUGAGACCAACAUUGUUGUUUGAAAAGAAGCAUGCUGAUAUAUUUUUGAAUGUGUUGGAAGAUGUGGUUAAGGAUUUGUGA